GAAUUCACUCCUCCUCCUCCUCAACAGUGACUAAUCCAAGCCAGAAGCAGGUAGAAAAGAGCAGAUGCUCUGAGCUAUCCUACCAGGACCAAGCUACUACUACUGUCACAGUGUUACUGGCUAGCUCAGGUACUCUCAACAUUCUCUGAUCUAUGUACAGAUCGGUUGGUAGAAUGUCUCUGCUGCUUUGUUGGGCAGUGAUGGCUCUGCACCUCGCAACAGGGGUGGAUGCUGCCUCGGGGGUGGUGAACACUACAGAGGAGGAGGUGGAAGGGGUGGACUCCCAGUCACCAUGCCCAGCCGGGUGGCAUCAGAAUGAGCAUCGCUGCUUCUCCUUCUACCCCGUCUGGGCCACCUGGGCCACUGCAGAGUCGUACUGCUCCCAGCACAGAGGGAACUUGGUGUCGGUUCACAGCCCUGGUCAACAGAUGUUUGUCCAGGAUCUGGUCAGGAGACACACAUACCAGCCGGUCUGGAUAGGAGGCUACGACGCAGCUCAGGAGGGGAUGUGGCUGUGGAGUGACGGCUCAGCUGUUGACGAUGUUUACUGGGAGGAGGAUGAGCCCAGUAACUCUGGACAGGGGGAGAACUGUAUGGAGCUACACACUGGAGGUGGGCAGGGCUGGAAUGAUGUGUCCUGUGGAGAGCUGAGGUUCUAUGUGUGUUCUAUGGAGACAAGAUCUGGUUUAGCAGCAUUACCAAGUCAGAAAAAAGCACAUGAGAGAGAGCUGGUUGAAGAGGUGAGUAUUUAUGACGUCCUGUGGGAGACCAGUGAGAGAGUAGCAGAUGAGACCCUCGACACCGCCUUCCUCAGAUGGAUGUAUUCCAGACGUCUGCCUGCCCACUGCUAUGCUGACUUCUGCCACCAGGAGCUGCUAUACCUGGACAGAGUCAUCACCAUGCUGCAGGUGCUGAUCAGAACAGUCCAGGGUCCUCCAGACAUCAUGCAGUUUCUCCAGAGAACACAUCAACGCUACCAGGAGUCUCUGAAGGAGGCCCAGAACCAAACUCCACCACACCUGAACCUGUCCUCCAUCCAGCCCUCUGCAGCCGUGCUCAGUACCUCCAGAGCUUCCAUGACAUUGUGAAUGAGGAGCCCAUCUACUG